GUCGGUUUUUUCUUGACGCCUUAAACCCCAAGCAAGAAGCAAAACCCUAGAAAACUCGCGCCCCUUCCAGGUGCCAUUCCACCUCGAAAAUUUGCCUUCUUUAUGAAUAAGAACCAUCCAAAAAUCUUCUCCAAUGGCCAGAAAAUCCCUUCAAAUCUCUUCUAAUUUCACUCAAAGGAAGCGAAAUUGCAGCUGACAUCUCUCUCUCUCUCUCUCUCUCUCUCUCUCUCUCUCUCUCUCUCUCUCUCUCUCAGUUUUUUAGGGUUUGAAGAAGAUGGCUGGGAUUCGUGCAAUAGGGAUUGUUUCUGCGAUGGCGUCGGCAGCUCUAUCCGUCGACCAUGCUUACGCCGAUAGCCCGUUUCAUUUCCCUCUCUUUUCUUCUUCUCCUCCUUCCCCUCUUCCUCCCCAAGCUUCUCCACAAACCCCUCCAGCGGAGCCCGCAGCGAAAGAAGAACCGCGGCCCCGGAACGACAAUCCACGGACAACGGCGGCUGGGUUCGACCCAGAAGCGCUUGAGAGAGGCGCCAAGGCCGUGCGGGAGAUCAACAGCUCGUCGCAAGCCAAACAAGUUUUUGAUUUGAUGAAAAAGCAAGAAGAGACAAGGCAGGCAGAGUUGGCGGCAAAGCAAUCUGAGUUCCAGGCUCUACAAUCUCAGCAUGAAAUUGAAAGACAGCGGGUAAUAUAUGAAGAACAGAAGAAACUAGUUCAGCAACAGGCACAGACAAAAGCCCAAAUGGCUCGUUAUGAGGAUGAAUUGGCAAGGAAGAGAAUGCAGGCAGAGAAUGAAAGUCAAAGAGCAAGGAAUCAAGAGCUUGUCAAAAUGCAAGAAGAAUCAUCCAUCAGACAGGAGCAAACCCGCCGUGCAACAGAAGAACAGAUCCAAGCCCAACGUCGGCAAACAGAGAGGGAGAGGGCUGAGAUAGAGCGGGAAACAAUCAGGGUUAAGGCUAUUGCAGAAGCAGAAGGAAGGGCACAUGAAGCAAAACUAGCUGAAGAGGUAAAUAAACGGAUGCUAGUAGAACGGGCAAAUGCUGAGAGAGAGAAAUGGCUUGCAGCUAUAAACACAACUUUUGAGCAUAUAGGAGGUGGUUUGCGGGCCAUACUAACAGAUCAGAAUAAGCUUGUUGUAGCUGUUGGGGGAGUAACAGCUCUUGCAGCAGGGAUCUACACGACAAGGUACCUUUUGGGUUUUGCAAACAAAUGUUUAGAGGGUGCUAGGGUGGUUUGGGGCUAUGUUGAAAGAAUAUUAGGGCAACCAUCCCUGAUCAGAGAGUCCUCCAGAGGGAAGUACCCUUGGUCUGGUUUGGUCUCUCGUGCAAUGAGCUCAUUAUCACGUAAAACUGACAAAGGAGCCAGUUCAGGGGGAAAUGGUAAAGGGUUUGGCGAUGUGAUUCUGAAUCCUUCUCUUCAGAAAAGAAUAGAACAGCUUGCCCGUGCUACUGCAAAUACAAAAUCCCAUCAAGCACCGUUUCGCAACAUGCUGUUUUACGGUCCUCCAGGAACUGGGAAAACUAUGGCUGCAAGAGAACUUGCUCAUAAAUCUGGGCUUGAUUAUGCGUUGAUGACUGGCGGAGAUGUAGCGCCAUUGGGAUCACAGGCGGUUACCAAGAUACAUCAGCUAUUUGAUUGGGCUAAGAAGUCUCAAAAGGGUUUGCUGCUUUUCAUUGAUGAAGCAGAUGCAUUUUUAUGCGAGCGUAACAAGAUUCACAUGAGUGAAGCCCAACGGAGUGCUCUCAAUGCUAUCCUCUUCCGAACAGGUGACCAGUCCAAAGACAUAGUCCUCGCCCUUGCUACCAACCGGCCAGGCGAUCUCGACUCCGCUGUCACCGACCGUAUUGAUGAGGUUCUCGAAUUCCCCCUACCCGGAGAGGAGGAACGCUUCAAGUUGCUCAAACUCUACCUAGACAAAUACAUUGCACGGGCGGGUGAUCAAAAGCGUGGGUGGCUGCCCUUCUUCAGGCGGCAACAGCAGAAGAUACAGAUCAAUGGAUUAUCAGAUGAUGUUAUCCGGGAGGCUGCAGCCAAAACGGACGGAUUUUCAGGCAGGGAGAUAGCGAAGCUGAUGGCCAGUGUUCAGGCCGCUGUCUACGGAAGCAAGGACUGCGAGCUUGAUGCAGCCAUGUUCCGCGAGGUUGUGGAUUACAAGGUUGCAGAGCAUCAGCAGAGAAGGAAACUUGCGGGCGAAGGGGAGAGUGCUACUAACUCCAUCGUUUUUGUACAGAUAGGAUCAAGAGAAACAAUGCAGGUGAAAGCAGUUUUCAAAUCCCUCUUCAUCCUCAUCUUCUUCAUCUCCAUGCAAGCGGCCAUUGGAUCACGGGCUGUGGAAGGCACCUACAUGGCCGGAUGGCAUAAGAAACCAUGGAUGAACCAUGGGAUCUCACGGGGUAAGCACGUAGCUAAUCUGGCGAGCGAGCAUCGAUAUCGAGUCAGGAAGUCGGUUGUAGUUUCUACUGGUAGCUUCUCUAGUAGAAAUGCCUAAUGGUGUGCCGCCAAUGCUUCGUUCGUGGGCAUGUUUGUCAGUUACUUUGAAAGCUGAAUUGGAUAGUAAAUUGAAUUGGUACUUCUUAAGAAUAUGAAAAUAUGUUUAAGUAUAUAUAUGGGCUUUUCAUGUUGGGACAUUGAGCUGAUGAAAUCCAGUUUUUGUGAUGAUUCCAAUGAAAAAUUCCUUCUUCAACGGCAUUUAGAUGUUGUAUUGUAAUUCGUGAGUAGAAGCAUGAGUAAUUUUCCAUGAGUUUCAAAUGGGA